CCCGCGGGUGCACGGCGACCGUUGGAGCUGGGCAGGGCAGCACCGCACGCAACGGCCCGUUGGCCCGGCACCCCCGCCCUGCCCUUGCGGCAGUACCGCUCCCUGCUCCCCGUCUGCUCCGGCUGCCGCGCUUGCGCCUCUGCCACACAGUGCUUGGCUGGUGUGGCCUCGCCAUGUCGGCUUCCUCCGGCUCCUCCAAGGCCGCCCUGCGGCCGGUCACUCACCUCAUCUUUGACAUGGACGGCCUGCUGCUGGAUUCUGAACGUAUCUAUACAUUGGUGUUUGAAGAGAUAUGUGGGCGCUUUGGAAAGACCUUUACUUGGGACAUAAAAGCAUUAGUAAUGGGCAAAAGAGCACUAGAAGGAGCACAGAUUGUUCGAGAUGCUCUAGAUCUUCCAAUAACCAAAGAAGAGUUAAUAAAUGAAUGUAAAGUGAAGCAGGAGCAGUUAUACCAUACAGCUGAAUUGAUGCCAGGGGUCAGUAAACUGAUUCAGCAUUUACACAAACACAACAUACCCAUAGGUGUUGCCACUAGCUCAGCUAAAGGGCCAUUUCAGAUGAAAACAUCCAGACACAAAGACAUCUUCAGUCUUUUUCAUCAUAUUGUGCUGGGAGAUGACCCUGAGGUGAAAUCUGGCAAGCCAGCUCCUGAUAUAUUUCUAGUUUGUGCAAAAAGAUUUCAACCUCCUGCUCCUCCAGAGAAGUGUCUUGUAUUUGAAGAUUCACCAGUUGGAGUCAAAGGAGCACUUGCAGCAGGAAUGCAGGUGGUUAUGAUUCCAGAUGAAAACUUAAGUCCUGAUCUUAAAAAGGAGGCAACUCUGCUGCUGAAUUCCAUGGAGGACUUUAAACCAGAGCUUUUUGGCUUACCACCAUAUGAUUAAUGCCUAGUGUCUAUAAACUUGACUGGAGUUCAGGAAAUUGAAAUUAAAUCUUGUUAAAAUUCUAUAA